UGAAUUGUUCUUUUACUAUAUAAUUUGUCUAUAAAGAACAAAAAUCUUAUUUAUUAAUCGAUUGAAUUGAUGCAAGAUGCCUAAUCAUCAGUUAAAAUACAAACAAUUUCGCCAAAAGGCUUCCCAUGAAUAUUACCUAUCUCGCACUUGGAGUGUCAGUAGCUACUACCAAGAACAUAGGACGUAUUACCCAAAUUAUCGGUCCUGUUCUAGAUGCAGCAUUUGCUCCUGGUCAAAUGCCUAAUAUUUAUAAUGCUUUGGUAGUGAAAGGACAAAAUCCAGCAGGUCAAGAAAUUAAUAUAACUUGCGAAGUACAACAACUUCUAGGGGAUAAUAGAGUUAGAGCUGUAGCGAUGAGUGCUACUGAUGGUCUAAUGAGAGGAAUGGAAGUAAUUGAUACUGGAGCUCCUUUAAGCGUACCUGUUGGAGAAGUAACCUUAGGUAGAAUUUUUAACGUACUUGGUGAACCAGUAGAUGAACUUGGUCCAGUUAAUGUAACUACUACAUUUCCAAUUCAUAGAUCUGCUCCAGCAUUUACUCAAUUAGAUACAAAACUUUCUAUUUUUGAAACUGGUAUUAAAGUUGUAGAUUUAUUAGCUCCAUAUCGUCGAGGAGGAAAAAUUGGACUAUUUGGAGGUGCUGGUGUAGGCAAAACAGUAUUGAUCAUGGAAUUGAUCAAUAAUAUUGCUAAAGCACAUGGUGGCGUUUCCGUUUUUGGUGGAGUAGGUGAACGUACUCGUGAAGGAAAUGACCUGUACAUGGAAAUGAAAGAAUCCAAAGUUAUUAAUGAAGAAAAUAUUUCUGAAUCUAAAGUAGCUUUGGUAUAUGGUCAAAUGAAUGAACCUCCUGGAGCUAGAAUGCGCGUAGGUUUAACUGCGUUAACCAUGGCUGAAUACUUCAGAGAUAUUAACAAACAAGACGUUUUAUUGUUCAUUGAUAACAUUUUCCGUUUUGUACAAGCAGGUUCUGAAGUAUCUGCUUUGCUAGGACGUAUGCCUUCUGCAGUAGGAUAUCAGCCAACUCUUGCUACAGAAAUGGGAGGUUUACAAGAGAGAAUUACUUCUACUAAAGAAGGAUCUAUUACUUCUAUUCAAGCUGUUUAUGUACCUGCAGACGAUUUAACUGACCCUGCUCCAGCUACUACCUUUGCUCACUUAGAUGCUACUACUGUACUUUCUCGUGGUUUAGCAGCAAAAGGUAUUUAUCCUGCUGUUGAUCCUUUGGAUUCUACUUCUACUAUGUUACAACCAUGGAUUGUAGGUGCAGAACAUUACGAAACUGCUCAAGGUGUUAAGAGAACAUUACAACGUUACAAAGAAUUACAAGAUAUUAUUGCAAUUCUUGGAUUAGAUGAACUAUCUGAAGAAGAUCGUUUAGUUGUAGCAAGAGCUCGUAAAGUUGAACGUUUCUUGUCUCAACCAUUCUUUGUUGCGGAAGUAUUCACAGGAUCUCCAGGAAAAUAUGUCAGUUUAGCAGAAACUAUUAAAGGUUUUCAAAUGAUUCUGUCUGGAGAGUUAGACCAUCUUCCAGAACAAGCCUUCUAUCUGGUUGGUAAUAUUGACGAAGCUACUGCCAAAGCUGCAACCAUACAAGUGGAGAGUGCAUAAAAAUUAUGACAUUAAAUCUUCGUGUGAUGGCCCCCAAUCGUAUUGUUUGGAAUUCUGAAGCUCAAGAGAUUAUUUUAUCAACUAAUAGUGGUCAAAUUGGUAUUUUGCCAAAUCACGCUCCCUUGUUAACUGCAUUAGACAUUGGCAUUAUGAAAAUACGCAUCAAUAGUCAAUGGUCAACAAUGGCUUUGAUGGGGGGGUUUGCCAUGAUUGAAAAUAAUCAAUUGACUAUUUUGGUUAACGAAGCAGAAAAAGCUAGUGAUAUUGAUCGUGAAGAAGCUCAAAAAAGUUUUGAAUUGACUCAAGAAAACUUAAAUCAAGCAACAGGUCGUAAACAGACCAUCGAAGCUAAUUUAGCUUUUCAAAGAGCAAAGGCAAGAUUAGAAGCUGUUAAUGCAAAUCCUGCUUCAGCUUAUAAUUAAUUCCUUCCUGCAAUCCAUACUGGUAAUUACGAUCAAAAAACCCUUCGUCGUACUCCUGGUAAUGAAAUUGAUACUUCUUU